CUUUUCCAGACCUGGCUGGCCCCAAUGAGAUCACAGGCAUCUGGAGGGGGUCUACCACCUUGCCAUGUACCUAUGUGCCUGAGAAGGACUUUGUGCAGCAGAUGGUCUCAUGGACUGUGGUACGUGACCAGAACUCUGGCACCAUCUUUCAGAGGGAUGGCUCUGGCGACCACAUUCUCCUGUCCGAAUACAGGGGCAGGGUCAGUGUCCUGAAGGACACCCCAGGGAACGUGUCUCUCCACAUCCUGAACCUGGAGGUCUCCGACAGGGGAACCUACACUUGUCAGGUCACCUGGAGAGCCAGCAACAACAGCCUGAUAGCAAGAGAGAUCACCACUGAAGUGAAGGUUGUUAAAGGUAAACCCAAAAAGGAAGCUGCACAGGAGUGGAAGCUGGGGCUGAUGGUCCCAGCAGGAGCCAGCACCAGCCUGAGCUGUGUGGCCAACGGGUCCCCCCCCAUCAGCUACAGCUGGUUCAGGAGCACCCCGGGAGGGGAAGCCCGGCUCCUGAGCAGACAGGCCGAGCUGGUGUGGGACAGCCUGCGGCCCUCCGACACCGGGACGUACUACUGUGAGGCAGAAAACAGGGCCGGGGCCGGGGCCGUGCAGCAGAGCGACGCCGUGGAGCUGAUGGUGAGAGAUCUGCCCACAAUGACAGUGGCCUCUCCGAGGGAUGGAGGAACCUCGGGGAGACAGUGCCCAACCACAGGUUGGGGUAAUGGCAGUUACAGCUGA